CACAAAGCAUACUCUUAAAAUCCCGCGUCUCCUUUAGUCUUGCAAUGCCGCUUGACUCGAAUUGAAUAGAUUCAUUUCAAGUGGGACAUCGUGCUGAUUCAGAGCAUCUUUGCAGCAAGCUGAGUUUUGUGGCUAACUGCUAGCAGGCUAGCGGCUAGCCAGUGGCGCUAUGAUGGCGGAGCUGGUACAGGGCGGAGGACAGGCCUCAAUUGGCCAGCCGGGGCUCAAGUCGGACGGCUUGGCCGAUGCGUUGCAGCGGGCCCGACAGAUGGCGGGGAAGAUCGGCGGCAGUGGCAGUGAGGCCAUGGCGCACAUAAACAGCUCAACUGCAAGCUCGGAACCGUCACUCUAUUACAAGCGAGCCUGCGACGACACAGGUAGUCAACUGUCAGCUGUCGGCCAUCAAAGGGUUUUGACGGAGGAUUACAAGGUUCCCGACAGGAUGGUGGGCUUCAUCAUCGGCCGAGGUGGCGAGCAGAUCACCAGGAUCCAGUUAGAGUCGGGAUGCAAGAUCCAGAUCGCCGCCGACAGCGGCGGUCUGAUGGAGCGUCCGUGUUCCCUGACCGGAACUCCAGAGUGCAUCGAGCAAGCUAAGCGUCUCCUGGUUCAGAUUGUGGAGCGCUGCAGAAAUGGUCCUGGUUACCAUGGCGACGGGGAGGGCGGGGUCCUUGUGCAGGAGAUGCUGAUCCCGGCCAGCAAGGUUGGGCUCGUUAUUGGUCGAGGAGGAGAAACCAUCAAGCAGCUGCAGGAACGUGCGGGCGUCAAGAUGAUGAUGAUCCAGGACGGUCCCAUGCCCACAGGAGCUGAUAAACCUCUCCGCAUCUCUGGAGACCCAUACAAAGUUCAGGUGGCAAAGGAGCUGGUGCUGGAGGUGAUCCGGGAGAAGGAUGCCGACUUCCAUUCGGGACGCAGUGACUUCUCCGCCCGGCUGGGAGGAACCAGCCUGGACGUUUCUGUGCCGAGGUUUGCUGUCGGCAUCGUCAUUGGCCGCAACGGCGAGAUGAUCAAGAAAAUACAGAAUGAUGCCGGCGUGCGGAUUCAGUUUAAAGCGGAUGACGGCAUAAGUCCAGAGCGUGUAGCCAUGGUGAUGGGCCAGCCGGAACGCUGUCAGCACGCGUUGCAUCUCAUCAAUGAUCUCAUCCAGACUGCGCAGGAGCGUGACGGCUUUGGCUCGGCGCUUAGGAGCAGCCGGCUUCGAGGUCGUGCGGACUGGACCGUGGGUUCUCCUGGUCCCGUUCAAGAGGUCACAUACACCAUCCCGGCCGACAAGUGCGGACUGGUCAUCGGCAAAGGGGGUGAAACCAUCAAGAGCAUCAACCAGCAGUCGGGAGCCCACGUGGAGCUCCAGAGAAACCCGCCUCCCUCCACCGACCCUAAUACACGGGUCUUCACAAUCAGGGGGUCCGCGCAGCAGAUGGAACAUGCGCGACAGCUCAUUGAUGACAAGAUCGGGGGUUCUGGUAUCAUGAGUAACGGAGGUUUCAGUUUCAGUCACUUCACUCAAGGCCCCACCCACCAAAACUGUGGUGGUCCUCAAACCUUCCUGACGGGCGUGUGGGGGAACACAUACCAGACUAGUUGGCAGAACACUGCCCAACAAGACCCAGGUCAGCAGAGUCAGCCUGCGAGUGUGAUGAGCGACUACAGCAAAGCAUGGGAGGACUACUACAAGAAACAAAGUCAGUCGUCUCAGCAGAGUUCAUUGCCGGACUACACAGCAGCGCUGGCUGAGUAUUACCGCCAACAGCCGUACCUGUGGAACCCUGCCCAGAUCCAGGAUCACUAAAGAGGCUCCCACCACUCUCCCUCCCUCGGACGCCGCGCCUCCUUCCUGCCUUUUCUGGAGCAAAUUAACAGAAACAGGAAGUGCUCUUCUUCUGGUUUUAACUUCCAAUGUGUCGGACUUCCUGUCUGACUUUUUUUUUUCUCUGGGUUGUGGGGGGGGGGGUCAUUUUUUUCCGGCAUGGACACUUUUGAACAAAGUUCACUUCCACUCGUUUUGUCUUUUCACCACGUGAUGCCUAGCAGUCUUGAUGAAGACGAUGAUGAUCAGGUUGAUAAUGAGUUUAAACAUGCUGCAGAUUGUUAUACUUUUUUUUUUUUUUUAAUUUCAGAAAUGUGACGGAUUUUUUUAAUAGGAAACGGUCAAACGUUUCGAUUUCUUGACAUCAUUUUGGAAGCGAUUGUGACUAAACGCUGGUUUACGGUUUUUCAUUCAGGUCUGAAAUUGUUGACUAAGUUUAAAUUUUGGUAACUGUGGUCUGACAGCAGACGACACAAAAUGGGGCAGGCUUGCAUCUUAGCAAGCACAUCUUUUGGAUAGUACCCGUUUUUUUGUGGGCUCUUGCGUGCGUGUCUGUCUGUGUCCAUCCUUAGUGCGUCUGUAGUGGCUGGCGAGAAUGUGUGUUUGUGGUUGAGAUGUGAUUAUCUAUUGUUUGUUGUCAUAAGGAAUGUGGUUUCAUGCAUGAGUUGUUGUGUGUGGGUGUCUGUCUUCAGUGCUUGAGGUGUGUAACGGUUGAUGAGUUGGCAACACUGUUCACAGAACUGGUGACCACUUUGCUAAUUUUGAACCGUAAAGUUUGUUCAUUGCAUAAUUUUUAUCCGCCUGGCCUUAGCAAAAGUGUGUACCGCUAGCAUAGUAUUGCGCUUUGCAUCUCAUAGCACAGAGAUGUUUUAAGUUCAGGAACUCUCAAUCAUUUUGAGGUUCUUCACUUGCCAUUUCACUAGCGAGACAUGCUAAAUCAUGUCUUUCCGGUUUGAAGCUCAUUCUUACGCUUGGUUUUUGAAGUUUUUACUGCACAAGACGAUCUAGUAUUCGCUUUCUCUGCUGUGCAAAAAAGUGAUAUAGCGCUGGCGGGUGGCACCUAACUAGGAUGUAAGUACUCAAACUAAGCUAGUAGUUACAGUGCUAGCAAUCUGUCACGUUUUUUGUUGAAAAGUGCGUAAAUCUAUUAAUGUUGUUGGUAAAAUGAAUUUAUUUUCACACUUUUGAUUAUCAUUUUGCCUUUUGACUUAGCCUUAGUGACAAGAAGGUGCUAUAGCAAAGUGUGUGUGUGUGAUGAUGAUGAGUUAGGUUCAAGGGUCUAUUGAAAUAAUAUAUUCACGUUUAGCUAAUAUGCUAAUUCAUUGUGCAUGUCUCAUCACUUCAAAAUGAGUUUCUGCGUUGUUUGCUUGAUUAGAGUCAUUAGCAUGAGCGAGCGCUCAAGUCGUUUCAUACCAAACCAUCCAAAAUGAAGAGAAGGAGGGUGUAUGUGUUGUUGUCGAGUGUGUGUAUCCAUUGUGUGUGUGGUUGUAAUGAUUGUGUUUUUGAUGUGUGUAUGUUUUUUUCCGUGUGAUAUAACUAUGUUUGCUAUUUUUCACUCCUUCCCUACUGGCCAAUUGCCACAAAUCUUGAUGUAUAUUUGUUUUGCUUAUGAUAAUGCUAAUAAUGCUACAUGUUCAUGUCAUCGAAAUCAUUGAAAAAAGUUCCCUCCCACCCUUUUCCACAAGGAGAAGACGCUCUUCUCAAGACUGCUAUGCUAAACGCUAACGUUGCUCUGCCUAUUUACAGAGUGGCUCGUUAGCAUUUUAGCUUGUUAGCCUGGGCGGCGACUCUGAGUCAGGAAGCUCCCCAUUUUGUUUUGGUUUUUUUUUUUUUGUGGUUUUUCUAACGGACGUUUGUCUAUAAAAUAUAACCUUUGGACUUUUCUAGUUGAUUCUAUGGACUGACGGGCGAGGAAGAGGAAGGUGAAUGUGAUUAUGAUGUAAUCGUGAGGGCUAAUAAACAGGCUCCUACUUUCUGACAUCCUGUGUG